AUCCCCCGAACUAAUCCUCGCCGCCCUUCUCCACGACAUCGGCCAGAUAAUCCCCCUCUCAUCCACGAAGGAAGUCCGGAUGAACCUGAAACCCAAUAGCGAUAACAAGAAUACCGAGAAUGUCGGCCGCAUGGGCCACGAGACUAUCGGAGCGGAAUACCUUCGUUCACUGGGUUUCAGUGAGAAGGUUUGUCGGUUAGUCGAGAGUCAUGUUCCUGCGAAGCGUUACCUCACCGCCACAAACAAAACAUACUACGAGACAUUAUCAUCCGCAUCGAAGAAAUCACUCGAGUUCCAAGGCGGGCCAUUCAAGGGCGCAGAGUUGGAGGCCUUCGAGAGGGAUCCGUUGCGCGAUGAGAUGGUCAAGUUGAGGCUUUGGGAUGAUGCGGCGAAGGUGCAGGGGAUUGAGGAGAGUACGCCGAGGGCGGGGGAAUAUCGGGAUUUGAUUCGGGUGCAUUUGGAGGGGGUUUGUUAAGGUAGAUGCUCAACAUUUUGAUGACUUAUGGUAUGGAAGGAUUGUUAGGGCUGGGAUGAAAGGUAUAGUGUAUAAUGUCGAUGACGACAGUGACAAGUAUCUGGG